UCAGUACUUGUUAUUGUCACUACUAUUGUGAUUUCUAUUAGGUUCUAACGCAGUGCAAGCCGACCAUUAGACUGAGUGGUACAUGUGUUGUGUUAUAAGAUUAAUAUUUCGAUAAUGGAACACGAAGAUACGUUUUUAGACCGAGUAUUGAAGAUAGUAAAGGAUGAAUCGGCGCACCAUUUACCGUUGAUACAAUUUAAACAUCCGAAGGAUUUGGAGGAAAUUCUUGGCAACGAUAUAGAUAUUUCCGAGCCCGUCGCAGAUCAGGAGCUCGAGCAAUCAGUCAGAAGGGUGUUGCAAUAUAGUGUCAAGACAAACAAACACACAUUUAAAAACCAGUUAUAUGGAGGAACUGAUCCGUAUGGGCUGGCAGGAGCAUGGAUUGCGGAAGCUUUUAAUACCAGCCAGUAUACGUACGAAGUAGCUCCUGUGUUCACAUUAAUAGAGCAAAAGAUGAUUCAACAUAUUCUUCAGUUAUUCGGCAUUCCCAAUGGGGACGGUAUUUUUAGUCCGGGAGGCAGUAUGUCCAUGUUAUAUGCUAUAGUUGCAGCCAGGUUCAGAGCUUUCCCGGAAGUUAAGUCCAAGGGAAUGAGAGGUCUACCUGAAAUGGUUAUGUAUACUUCGGAAGACAGUCAUUAUGCAAUUAAAAAAGCAUCGCAUUGGCUAGGUUUUGGCACAGAGUGUGUUAGACAAAUUAAAUGCAAUCAAUGCGGACAAAUGAAUGUGGAGCAACUUGAAGCAGCUCUUAAAGAGGAUUUGGGCAAAGAAAAAGUUCCUCUGUUGGUAAAUGGAACCGCAGGAACAACGGUUUUGGGAGCUAUAGAUAACUUGGAAAAGAUAUCAGACGUGUGCAGUAGAUAUGGUGUAUGGAUGCAUGUUGAUGCAUGUUGGGGAGGGACGCUGAUUUUGUCACAUAAAUUUAGAACGAUGUUAAAAGGAAUUGAAAAGGCAAAUUCAAUAUCAUGGAAUCCACACAAAAUGGCAGGCGCGCCUCUGCAAUGUUCGUUAUACCUGCUCAGGGAGAAAGGACUGUUGCACGAAGCGAAUGCGGCUUCUGCGCAAUAUUUGUUCCAACAGGACAAAUUCUACGACGUUCGGUACGAUACCGGCGAUAAGAGCAUACAGUGUGGGAGGAAGAUAGACGCUUUCAAGCUGUGGAUGAUAUGGAAAGCUCGAGGGGACAUCGGUUUGAGUCAUAUGAUGGACUACACUAUGGAGUUAGCCGAGUUUUGUAUGGAGAAGGUCGCAGAGAAGCCCGGCUUUCGGCCCGUUUCUGCACCGAUACAGUGCCCUAAUGUUUGCUUCUGGUAUAUACCUACGUUCAUGAGGCAUCAGAAGGAAGAUGAAAGUUGGUGGGAAGUUAUGCAUAAGGUAACACCAAAGAUAAAGGAAUUACUGACGAUAAGUUCCCGCCUCAUGGUGGCCUACUCUCCUCUACGGCAAUACAAGAACUUCUUCCGAAUGCCAUUCACAUUCCACCCGCGACUUGAGGAGAAACAGAUCUUGGAUAUGCUACAAGCUAUCGAGGACUGCGGCGAAAUGAUAACCAUAGACAUGUUGUGAUGUACACGAAAAGUAAAAUAAAAGGCGAAUCUAAAUAAAUGAUUAAACAAGAUUUGGAUUAUAUGUCAAAUAAGUCUGGACAAAGCAUGUGAUUGUGCAUCUGCCUCUGACUGUGCAAGCAUCUGAUUGUGACUAACAAAUUCAUUUAUUUUAAUUUUUUGUACUUCUUCAUUCUGAUGAAAUGUAUUUUUUUUACUUUAAAAAAAUACCGAUGUUUGCAUUAUGCAAUGUAUGUCUUUAAGAUAUAAUAAUUUAUUGUGUACACUCUAUUUCA